UUCCGUAAAUAUUGUAUCGCAAUGGACAAAAGUUGGAUGGAGAAGCGGAGGGGUACAAGGGAAUAUUUUGAAGGUGUAAACCAAUUCGUGGAAUUUGCUGCUCCAUCUGCACGCAAUGGGAACAUCUUAUGUCCUUGUGUGAAAUGUGUGAAUUUGCUUAUACAACCGCUAAAUGUGGUACGUGAGCACUGUUGGGCUUCGGGGAUGCUUAAAAAUUACAAAGUUUGGAAAUUUCAUGGUGAAUCGGCGGCUGCUACGCCAGCUACCGAAUGUGGGAGCUCUCAUGUGCAAGAAACCCAAAAUCCAUAUGGUGAUUUCCAUGGGAUGUUGCACGAUUUGUGCCCCCCGCAUGAAAUCCCACCCGAACCAAUGGAAGAAGGUCCAACUGUGCAAUGUCCGGGUGAAGGUCCAAAUGAUGACGCCAAGAAGUUUUACAAGAUGGUAGAUGAUGUAGACAAACCUUUAUAUGAAGGUUGUACAAAAUUUAGCAUUUUCUCAGCCAUUGUCGUGUUGUUCCAGUUGAAGACUCUGUGUGGUUGGACAAAUAAGUCAUUUACUCUGUUGCUACAAGUCCUGAUGGAUAUGCUUCCUUCAGACGCUAAGUUGCCAAAGGACCAUUAUGAGGCUAAGAAGAUAGUUCGAGAUUUGGGUUUGGGUUAUGAGAAGAUCCAUGCUUGUCCCAAUGAUUGUAUGCUGUUUUGGAAGCAAAAUGUUAACCUCGAGGCGUGUCCUUGUUGUAAAGCUUCAAGGUGGAAAACAAAUGAGGCAUCUGUUGCUAGUAAGCAUGCUUCAUCCAGUAAGGGGAAGAAGAAAGCUGCGAAGAUCCUACGGUGGUUCCCCUUAAAGCCAAGAUUGCAGCGACUAUUUCUGUCACCCGAUCUGGCUAGUUCUAUGAAAUGGCAUGUUAAUGGUCGUACUGAUGAUGGGGUAAUGCGGCAUCCUGCUGACUCAGAUGCAUGGAAAAUGUUUGACAGUAAGCAUUUACACUUCUCAUCUGACCCUCGUAAUGUCAGACUUGGAUUAGCUGCGGAUGGGUUCAACCCCUUCGGAAUUAUGAGUACUAGUCACAGUACGUGGCCUGUCAUGUUGGUCCCGUACAAUCUCCCACCUUGGCUGUGCAUGAAACGGUCAUCUUUGAUUCUAUCAUUAGUUAUUCCUGGUCCUACCUCGCCAGGGAUUGCUAUAGAUGUGUACUUAGAACCGUUAGUAGAAGAACUAAGGGAGUUAUGGGAUGUUGGAGUACAAGCAUACGAUGCAUCUUCAAAAGAAGUAUUCCAAUUGCGUGCAGCAUUGAUGUGGACCAUAAAUGAUUUUCCUGCAUACGCAGAUUUGUCGGGUUGGAGUACCAAAGGUGAGUUGGCGUGUCCUUCUUGUGCCGUGAAGACCGAGUCUCGAUAUUUGAGAAAUGGUCGCAAAUUCUGUUACAUGGGACAUCGGCGAUGGUUGGAUGUUGACCACGAUUUCCGCAAAGAUGGUCUGUCAUUUGAUGGAUCUAUUGAUACUCGAUUGGCUCCUGAACCACCAGUUACAUCUGACAUUAUUGUGGAAACUGAACAUUUACUUGGACGUUGUCUGGGUAGGAAAUGUCAGCUUGCUUACAAAAAAAGGAAGAGAAGGGAGGCAGACCAGAGUGGUUGGAAGAAAAGGAGUAUAUUUUUUUCCUUGCCUUAUUGGGAGGAUCACAAGUUGCGACACAAUCUUGAUGUGAUGCAUAUAGAGAAGAAUGUGAUGGACAAUAUACUAAGCACAUUGUUGAACUUGAAGGAUAAAACGAAGGAUAAUUACAAGGCACGCCUUGACUUGGCGGACAUAGGGAUAAGGAGUGAACUCCACCUACAACGAAAAAGUGAUGACCAGUAUACCAUACCAGCUGCAUGUUUUCAUAUGACUUCAUCGGAGAUAGAUGGUUUCUUGCAAGUUUUGAAGGAUGUAACAGUGCCCGAUGGGUACGCUUCCAAUAUCUCACGGCGUGUGAAUAUGAAAGAACGCAAGAUUUCUGGUUUGAAGAGUCAUGAUAAUCACAUAUUGAUGCAGCAACUUUUUCCCAUAGCAUUACGUGGGUCUUUGCCAUCUCAUGUUAGUAGGCCUUUGAUAAAGUUAGCUUGCUUCUUUAGAGAAAUUUGUUCCAAAACCCUUACGGUUGCAGAUAUUGUGACUAGUGAGGCAGAGAUUGCAGUGACAUUGUGUGAAUUGGAAAAGAUAUUUCCUCCAUCCUUCUUUACAGUGAUGAUACAUUUGGUCAUGCACUUAGCUGCUGAAGCUAAGAUUGGUGGUCCAGUGCACUACCGUUGGAUGUAUCCCAUUGAGAGGUACCUCUCACGUCUUAAGUCUUACGUACGAAAUCGAGCUGCUCCGGAAGGGUCUAUUGCUGAAGGAUACAUAGUAGAGGAGUGCUUAACAUUCUGUUCACGGUAUAUGGAAGGAGUGGAAACUAUAUUCAAUCGACCCACCAGGAUGAUUGAGGAGUCAACGGGGGUGGUUUCGAUCAUGACAUUAAACAAUAAAGAGUGGACCCAAGCCCAUCGCUACGUUUUAUUCAAUUCUGAAAACAUCAACCGCUUUCGUGAGAUGCACAAAAGAUUGAUAGAGGAUGAACUUCGAAAAGGCCACAAUCGUAACGUUUCCGAUGCCAUUAUAUAUAAGCACCACAUGGAGAAGUUUUGUACUUGGUUUGGGGGUCACGUGAUGUCCCUCACUGGUGCUGAUAAGGAAAGGGAGGGAGUUAGUGAUACCCUUGUUGCAUUGUCCAAAUGGCCGUAUAUUUAUGUAAAGCGGUUCAAGCAUUAUGUAAUAAAUGGCUUAAAAUUUAGGAGUGUAAAUGAUGAGGCAAAUAGGAAAACGCAGAAUAGUGGAGUUAGUGUGGCUACUGAUGGGGGCAAUACUUACUAUGGUAUUUUAAGUGAUAUAAUUGAGUUGAAUUAUUCUGACAAGAUCAAACAUGUGUUAUUCAAGUGUAAAUGGGUUCAUGACCAACAUAGGAGAGGAUAUAGGACUGAUGAAUUUGGGUUUCCUAUGGUAAACUUUACACACUUCAUACAUGGUGGGGAUAAAAUGAUAGAUGAACCAUAUGUUUUGGCAUCUCAAGCUACACAAGUUUUUUAUGUGGAAGAUAAAAGGCACAAAGAUUGGUAUGCUGUUGUCAAAACUAAAGCUAGGGACGUGUUUGAUGCUGGUGUUGGUCCCCAACGUGAGGAGGAUGACAUAUAUAGUUUUUCUGAAAAUGUUCCCUACAAUAUAAGUAGUAAUGAGGUUGUGAGUGACAACCUUCGUUGGGCUCGGGAUGAUCUAGAGGGAAUGACAAUUGAUGCCUCCAUCAUUGCUGAAAGAGAUCUUCAUGGAGUAAACAAUGAAGAUGAGUUUAUUGACGAUGAGUCUGACAAUGAAGACGACAACAAGGAUGAGUACACCGAGGAUGAGUAGUGUAAUAAUUUAGUAGUGUAUUAUGUGUUUGGAUGUUACAGUUGUUAAUGAAAACGU